AUGGCACCCAAGGCAAGCACGAGUGGGGGGUCGAAGACGAAGAAGGCAGCUGGUCUGGCGCAGCCCACACUUGCAUUCCGAAGCCGCAAACCCUCCCUCCCCUCACCCUCCAAAAAGAAGUCCACCGCCCCUUCCCGCCAAUCCUCCCUUCGCCAAUCCGUCUCGACCGACGAUAUCCGGCGAGACCAAGCGGCGUCAGAGGGAGAUCCGGUGCUGGUCACGUCGGACGAGGAUGAGGCGGUUGUGAUUCACCCUGAGAGUGCGUUGAAGGCGGGCGAGAGGAGAAAGUUGGAUGUCAAGAGCAAGAAGUGGGAUACGGCGUUGAAGGACGCGCGGGGUGCGAUGGGGACGAAGACGCCUAUCCACGCCGGACCAGAUACGCACAACAACGUACACCACAUCUUGCGUGUUUUCGACAUGACGGCAAAAUAUGGUCCAUGCGUCGGUAUCACCCGUCUCGCGCGGUGGGAGCGAGCGCAGAAGUGGGGACUGAGUCCGCCAGACGAGGUCAGGGAGAUUCUGACAACGGUCGAAGGGGUCGAGGAUGUGACAUAUCGCGAGACAGUGCUUCAUGGAUGGGUAUGA